AUGCCAACGACCCGGUCUGCGGCACAGUUCCUGCCGGAUAACUACAUCAGUAAGGCAUACUCGGAACAGUACAAUAAAGUGCUACAUGCAUUGCCUCGAAACACUCUGCUGCGCCUAGUUCAGGACUGGCUUCAAGACUCGCGUUUCAUCGCACUAUUACAUUGGCCUACGGUUUAUACUCAGACAAAUACCCGAGACCAGAACAGAGCUGUGAAGAUUCUGCUAGCACAAUACCAAAAGAUGGAGGGCCAUAAGUCACCUACAAAACGAAAUUUAGUGCAAAAUAUCAUUUACGAUCUCUGGCCGGAUGGGCUGUCACUGAUGCAAGUUGCCCAAGCAGACGUGGCCCGGUUUCUGGAUCGAGUAAACAAAAAGUCCCGUGGACCAACACCGGAAACUAUUUCCAAUACAUCAGGCCAAUUGCCACAUGCAUGGACAUACUCAGCAGUUUCUGUAGCUUCCGGAAGUCUUGGAGCUCCAUUGCGACCUUAUACAGUAUCUCACAUUGAACCUGGCCCAUUUCUUGCACGGUUUUGCGAAGCAUUGUACCCGAUUAUCUGUGGACACGUUAGCGCACAUCAGCAUCCUACAGAAUCUCUGUUUGUUGUGCGGAUUCAGGUGUUUGAAGAACAAAGCAUUACGAAUAUUAGAAAAAUUGGCACGCGACUUAAAUCGUCUAGGGACAGCGGGCUUGGAAGAAUUAAGGCAGAUUUGGCGCCGGUGUUUCUGGCAGUUCCACUUUCUUCAUCUUAUGUUCUUCACACAUUCCCGCGCAGAGCAGUAGCAAAGGCAUAUGUUACUGCAGCACUAAAUGCGUUGACAGCAGCACUGUCACGAGUACGCCGACCCAUCAUUGUGACGUCGGUGGAUGCAUUACCAACCAAAUCAUUGGAAUGUUUACUAAGUCUUACAAGCGUAGCUCGGGGGUCAGCAUCACUAGGUCCCUGGUCUAAGUUCGGCGCAGGCACCGCAGAGCCCAGAAUAUUUUCAAAAAAACGGAAAAAGCAAAGCACUGUUCAGAAAUUACUGGACGGGUAUCUACAAACUCCUCAAACCAAAAAACGACGACUCAUCAACAUUAGAUUUCACGGUGAGCCCGAACCUCCGCAAAAAAAAACAAAUCAAGACGACGAUGACGACGACGAAGUUAUCGUCACUCAUGCCAAGAUCCCCACGUUUGAAGUCAAAAUCAAGGAACCUUACCGAGGGGGCUCAGGCUUUUUGCCAACAUUGACAACCCGAUUCGAAGGUACUAACGUGUACCAAGGACUCGAAAUGUUGGCCUACGCAGGCGUGCUGGACGCGCAGCGUGCACCCAAAUGGUUGACGGAGCAGCAGGCGACAACAACUGCGACCGUUACCAAUGGGAAAUUUACAAUAGGAAUAAAAUAA